UCAGCACGUGACUUCCGGGACAGAACGCAGCGCCCUGCUACUGGCAGUCGUGCUGGACGUCACCCGGAGCGCCGCCUCUGCCCACGUCUAAUCCGAGAAGCCAAGGACGCGCUGCUGCGGAGGUCUCCCUGCGGGUCCUAGUCUCUCGGCGCCCGCCAACCCCAGCCCCAGCCCCGCGACCUGGUCCGAUAGCGCAGGGCGCGCUCCCGACACCCGCCGCGGCCAGACUGAUGCUGCUCUCUGCUAGAAGAAGGCUGCUCACCGCUCUGCUGCAGGCUCAGUGCUGGCCCUUUCAACCCUCCAGAGACAUGAGACUGGUGCAGUUCCAGGCCCCCCACCUGACCGGACCUCACCUGGGCCUGGAGUCAGGGAAUGGCGGAGGGGUCAUCAACCUCAAUGCCUUUGACCCCACACUGCCCAAGACCAUGGUAGAGUUCCUGGAGCAGGGAGAGUCCACUCUCUCAGUGGCGAGAAGAGCCCUGGCUGCCCAACUGCCAGUCUUACCACGGUCAGAGGUGGCCUUCCUGGCUCCAGUCACACGGCCAGACAAGGUGGUGUGUGUGGGCAUGAAUUACGCGGACCACUGCAAGGAACAGAACGUGCCUGUGCCCAAGGAGCCCAUCAUCUUCAGCAAGUUUGGCAGCUCCAUCGUGGGGCCCUACGAUGAGGUCAUCCUCCCACCUGAGAGCCAGGAGGUGGACUGGGAAGUGGAGCUGGCCGUGGUCAUUGGGAAGAAAGGCAAGCACAUCAAGGCCACAGAUGCCAUGGCUUAUGUGGCUGGCUUCACUGUGGCACAUGACGUAAGUGCUCGUGAUUGGCAAAUGAAACGCAAUGGAAGGCAGUGGCUGCUGGGAAAAACCUUUGACACUUUCUGCCCCCUGGGUCCUGCUUUGGUGACCAAGGACAGUAUAGCAGAUCCACACAACUUAAAGAUCUGCUGCCGGGUGAAUGGGGAUGUGGUCCAGAGCAGCAACACCAAUCAGAUGGUUUUUAAGACAGAAGAGCUGAUAGCCUGGGUCUCCCAGUUCGUCACCCUUUACCCCGGGGACAUCAUCUUGACGGGUACGCCCCCAGGUGUUGGUGUAUUCAGGAAACCUCCUGUCUUUCUCAAGAAGGGCGAUGAAGUCCAGUGUGAGAUUGAAGAAUUGGGUGUCCUUAUCAACAAGGUGGUGUGAUGGCUCCUGCUGAAGGUCCUGGACUUAAGAUAGAGGUGGGCAUCCACUCUCACUGUACAGGGCAAGGCCCAGUGCUUGCCCCCUCAAGGCUCCUCAUCUAGGUAGAGGGGGGCAUCUCUCCUCUUCAAUAAACUUCUCAGACUAAGUCAGUA